CGUCCGUGAACGAGAAGCAGCGAUGAACGUCAACACGCCGCAAAAGAGCGCCAAGCAGCACGUCCGCAGCAUCGAUGAGACGUGGAAUGCGAUGUUCCGACGCAUCUGCCCCAACGUCGAGCUUCCCGAUCAGGUGGACGACCGAUUGAUGGUCGACUCACGCGGCGAUGACAUGGAGAACGCCCGACCAAAGGUCCAGAAGAAGACGGAGUACGUGAACUUUGUGAAGGUUGCGAUGGACGACAUCAAGAAGAAGCGCAGCGCGCAGGCCCAGCACGACGCUAACAGCGCCUAAUCCCGGGGCUCGAGGCGAACGAACCAAAUCAAGUUAAUAAUUUAUUUGGAAUAAUGCAUUGAGGUUAUUGUGAGA